GAUUAAGAACGUUCAUGCCUGGUGCUCCUGCUCUCCCCAACCCUCCCAUUCAGCAUAAUGCAGCUGCUAUCUACCCAUCUGCUCCUCCUCAGGCUGGUCCUCCUGGACCAUGGCUGUCUCAUCAGCACAUCGGUGGCUUUGCUAGACCAUCUUUUUCACCUUAUGGUGCUUCUGUUCCUGGGCCUUAUCCAAUGCCGAUACGUAGCACGCCCCCACAAUCUGUUUCAUAUUCUGAUAUCCAACCUCCUGGAGUUUCACCUGCAGUAUCUGCAAUGGGGGCUCCUGCAGCCUCCUUUUCUGCUGGUAACCAGUCAUCCCAUGGUUCUGGACAGUCAGAGUUACCCCCUGGAAUCGAAACUAAUAAUGAAACUCCUAGCAAUGAAAAACUGGAUGCCUGGACAGCCCACAGGACAGAGUCUGGAAUUGUGUACUAUUAUAACGCAUUGACAAGGGAGUCUACAUAUGAGAAACCUUCUGGUUUUAAAGGAGAGUCGGAUAGAGCAACUUCCCAGCCAACUCCUGUUUCAUGGGAGAAAUUAUCGGGUACUGAUUGGACACUUGUCACCACUAAUGAUGGGAAAAAAUAUUAUUACAACACCAUACAAAAGGUAAGUAGCUGGCAAAUACCUAGUGAGAUAACUGAGUUGAGAAAGAAGCAUGAUGCUGAUGCUUUGCAAGUUUCUUCAGUGUCAGUGACCAAUACUAAUAUUAUAACUGAAAAAGGAUCUGAUCUUGUUAGCUUAAGCACACCUGCUGCUAACACAGGCGGUCGUGAUGCCAUAGCAGUUAGAUCUUCAGGUGCAUCUGCCUCAUCUUCUGCACUGGAUCUCAUAAAAAAGAAGUUGCAAGAUUCUGGAAUUCCCGAUUCUAGUUCCUCCCCAUCUGUGUCUGGUUCAGUUUCAGUAGAACUUAAUGGCUCAAAACCAAUGGAGGCUACUAUGAAAAAUAUCCAAAAUGAUAAUAAGGAUAAGAACGGGGAUGGUGACAUAUCCAAUUCUUCUUCCGAUUCCGAGGAUGAAGAUGGAGGCCCCACCAUGGAGGACUGUCUCCUCCAGUUCAAGGAGAUGCUUAAGGAAAGGGGAGUGGCACCAUUCUCAAAAUGGGAGAAAGAACUUCCAAAAAUAGUUUUUGAUCCACGCUUUAAGGCCAUUCCAGACCAAAGUGCACGAAGAGCUCUCUUUGAGCACUAUGUUCGAACUCGUGCUGAAGAGGAACGAAAGGAAAAACGAGCGGCUCAGAAGGCUGCUUUGGAAGGUUUCAAGCAGUUACUGGAAGAAGCAAAGGAGGGCAUUGAUCAGAAUACUGAUUAUCAAACAUUUAAGAGGAGAUGGGGUGAUGAUCCUCGAUUUCUGGCCUUGGACAGGAAAGAGAGGGAACAUUUGUUAAAUGAAAGGGUGUUACUUCUGAAAAGGAGUGCUCAAGAAAAAGCUCAAGCACAGCGUGCUGUAACUACAUCUAAUUUCAAGUCGCUGCUUAAGGAUAGAGAAGACAUUACAUCUACUUCCAGGUGGUCAAAGGUGAAGGAUAGCUUAAGAAGUGAUCCCAGAUACAAGUCAGUCAAGCAUGAAGACAGGGAGAAGUUAUUCAAUGAAUACGUAGCAGAACUAAAGGCUGCUGUAGAAGAGACUGCUCAGAAGGCAAAGGCAAAACAAGAUGAGGAGGAUAAACUAAAGGAGAGAGAGAGAGCUUUGAGAAAACGAAAAGAAAGAGAAGAGCAAGAAGUUGAGAGAGUGAGGCAGAAAGCUCGCAGGAAGGAAGCUGUUGAAUCAUAUCAAGCUCUAUUGGUGGAAACAAUAAAAGAUCCUCAGGCAUCUUGGUCAGAAUCAAAGCUGAAGUUGGAGAAGGAUCCUCAAGGACGUGCUGCCCAUCCACAUCUCGAUAAAUCUGAUUUAGAGAAACUUUUCCGUGAACACAUUAAGUCCUUGCAUGAGCGGUGUGCACAGGACUUCAGGGCUCUGUUGGUAGACGUCAUAACUUCAGAAGGUGCAUCUCAAGAAACAGAAGAUGGUAAAACCAUUUUAACAUCUUGGUCGACAGCAAAACUACUCUUGAAGACUGAUCCGAGAUAUAACAAAAUGCCGAGGAAAGAAAGAGAAGCCUUGUGGCGACGACAUGCUGAUGAGAUCCUGCGGAAGCAAAAGAAAGAUCAAGAUCAAGGAGACAAACCUGCUGAUGGAAAAAUUAAAACUAGCAUGGAUUCCGGGAAGCAUCCGUGGAGAACCAAUGACAGAAGAUAGCCGCUUCUCACGCUCGCUCAACUUUUAGCGUGCAGCAUCCCCCAUCGUUCCAUUUACAUGUGACAUUUUUUGUCAAUUUAAACCUUGAAGUAUAUGUAGCUGACAUAGUUUAUGUGCUACAGCACCUUGUCGAAGUAAGGAGUAUCUGGAAAUGUGGUGUGGCAGUGUAAGAAUUUCGAACUUAGAAUUUUGUAAUGUGAAAUUUUUGGUUAUCUAUGCCUUUGGUGAUUGGUGA